AUGUUCAGAAAGAUCCAGUCCAUCUUUAACUCCAGCCCGCAGAGGAAGGCGGAGGUGGCGGAGAGUUCCUACUACGACGGAGCCAGCCGCGCCGUGAGGCUGAUCCGCAGCAGCUCCGUGUAUGUGGUCGGGGACCACGGGGAGACAUUCAGCGAGUCCUUGAAGAAACACAACAGCGCCAGCAGCACGGACACCAGCCUGUACUGCCUGCAGCAGGAGGGGGACCGGGCGUGGAUGUGCUCGCGCACGCAGGCCUGCCUGCAGUACUUAGGGGAGCUGCUGGCCCUGCGGAAGAAAUACCUCAGCAGCCUCCACGACCUGCAGCCCAGCCGCGCCCAGGCCGGCUCCUCCACCUCCUCCAAACCCUCCCACGGAGGAAGAAAGGCCCGGGGCCAGUCCACCUCCAAAGAAAUAAAGCAGAAAACAACCCCAAAGAAGUACUCGCAGUUCAGCACAGAUGUGGCAGAGGCCAUUGCCUUCUUUGACUCCGUCAUUGCAGAGCUGGACACAGAGAAACGGCUGCGGGCUGCUGAGGCAGACCCACCAAAUGAAGACGUGGACUUCGAUGGUGAGUACCGUCCCCCCGUGGCAGAAGUGGCCACCAGCUCCCGGGAGCACAGCUUGCACUCCAACUGGAUACUGCGGGCGCCGCGCCGGCACUCCGAGGACAUCGCUGUGCACACCGUGCACACGACAGACAGCCAGUUUCGAAGGAGCACGGAGCGCAGGACCAUUGGCACUCAGAGGAGACUCGAGAGGCACCCCAUCUACUUGCCCAAGGCUGUGGAAGGGGCAUUCAACACCUUGAAAUUUAAGCCCAAAGCCUGCAAAAAAGACCUGGGGAGCUCCAGACACAUCCUCUGCAGCUUCUCGGGAGAAGACAUGGAAUGGGAUGCGGAGCUCUUUGCGCUGGAGCCCCUGACAUCUCUGGGGGAGGACCACUAUGAGACAGAGAACCCCAAAGGAACAGCACAAGAGGCGCCAGCUUUUGAGAAUAAGCAAAGUCUCCAUUUCAGAAAGGAGGAAGGGGGCUUAAACAAGUACCACUCUUUCCGAGUAGUAGGUCUCUUCAUGGAGGGGGCAGUCCACUAUGGAAUUAUCAACACCUAUGUGCAAUCUCUGGUGAUAGAGAAAUUUGGUGAGGAGACAUGGGAACAACUGAAAGCUUCUGCAGAUGUGCAAGAUGCCUUCAUGACUUACACAGCGUGUGACGACAUCAUCACUAUUAAGCUCAUCCAAGAGGGCGGCAGGGUCCUGGUAUAUGAGUCAUUAACACGAUUCCCUAAACCAGAAUUGUUCAAAAAGUAUGCUCAGAGCAGGGUGUGUCCGUGGAAGGAUGCCGUUCUGAAACUCUUUGGAGAAUAUUUCUUUAAAUUCUGUAAGAUAUCUGGCUAUGACAGGAUGUUAUGGACACUGGGAGGAAAUCUCACGGAGUUUAUUGAAAACCUGGAUGCCCUCCACAGUUACCUCACACUCUCUUAUCAGGAGAUGAACGGACCACCAUUUCCUAUGGAGAAAGGAGCAGAUGGGAAAAUGCUUCUCCAUUACUACUUUGAUAGAAGUGGUCUGUGCCACAUUGUACCAGGUAUCAUUGAGGCUGUGGCCAAAGACUUCUUCAACUUUGAAGUGACCAUGGACAUCCUUGACAUUAAUAAGGAAGAGGAGAGGACAGGGAAGAAGGAGCAUGUUGUAUUUCUGAUUGUGCAGAAGUCUCCCAGACAGAUGAGAAGGGCAAAGCCAAACAGGUCACAAGAUAGUCAGGACAUCCAGAGAGACCAAGAGGCCCUGGAGGCAGCUUUCCUUAGGAUGAAGGAGAAAUAUUUGAGUGUCACUCUUUGCCCUGUGAGGAAAUCCUGCUGGGAGGUUGUGAGAAGUACGGUCAUGUUUGGAAAAGGGCAUCUCAUGGACACUUUUGUGCCUAUUUAUCCCAAGCGGCUCUGGAUUGAAGAGAAGACGUUCUGCAAUGCUUUUCCUUUCCACAUUUUUUUUGAUGAAUCACUGAGGGUCAAGCAAGGAGUGGAUAUUCAGAAGUAUGUCCCAGGACUCCAAACCCAGAAGAUUCGAUUGGAUGAAUAUUUCUCCAUCAUUCAUCCCCAAGUUACCUUCAACAUUUUCAGCACCUGCAAAUUUACCAACAGUCAAUUUGUCCUGAAGGCACAAAGGGAAAUGACGCCUGAAGCAUGAAAAAGUCUACCCACCCUCAAACUCUGAGGCCAGAUGAUCUGGGUGGAGCCCAUGCGGUGCAUGAGAUACAUGUGCUCCCCGAAGCUCCACGGCCUGCAGGAGCUGGAGGAGCGCAAGAUGCGUCUUUCUGACAUCGCCCCCCACGACACCACCAGGGAUCUCAUCCUCCUGAACCAGCAGCGACUGGCUGAGAUUGAGCUGUCCAACCAGCUGGAGAGGAAGAAGGAGGAGCUGUGGAUCCUCUCCAAGCACUUGGCCAUAGAAAAGAAGAAAACAGAGACCUUGCUUUAUGCCAUGCUGCCUGAACAAGUGGCCAACCAGCUGAAGGAGGGCAAAAAGGUCGCUGCAGGAGAAUUUAAAACCUGCACAAUCCUUUCUAGUGAUGUGGUGACAUGUACUAACAUCUGUGCUGCCUGUGAACCUAUCCAAAUAGUGAACAUGCUGAAUUCAAUGUACUCCAAGUUUGACAGAUUACCCAGUCUCCACGAGGUCUACAAAGUGGAAACAAUAGGAGACGCUCAUAUGGUGGUAGAUGUCCCAGUACCUAUUGGAAGCCAUGCUCCUAGAGCAGCUAAUUUUGCCUUGGGGAUGAGAAUUUCUGCAAAAGAAGUGAUGCAUCCUGUUACUGGAGAGCCCAUCCAGAUCAGAGUGGGGAUCCACAGAGGACCAGUCUUAGCAGGUGUCGUGGGAGACAAGAUGCCAUGGUACUGCUUGUUUGGUGAUGCUGUGAACACAGCUUCUAGGAUGGAAAGUCAUGGGCUUCCCGACUAAGUGCACCUCAGCCCCACGGCCUACAGAGCCCUGGAAAAUCAAGGGUUUGAAAUAAUUGAAAGGGGUGAAAUUGAAGUGAAAGAUAAAGUGAAGAUGACCACAUACUUUCUGAUCCAGAACUUGAAUGCUUCAGAGGAUGAGAUCGUGGGGAGACCUCAAACUCUGCUGGAUCACAAGGCUGGGUGAAAAAGAGAAGCCUCGUCAUUAAGCUUCCGGGGAUCAGCUCAACCAUUUUGCCCUAAAUGCUCUUUUCUUGCCUCCUGGAUAUUAUGA